UAGCGCGGCCACUCUCCUUCCCUCUCGUUGGCCAGUUGGUCUUCAGGCAGGAUGGGUCUCUACCGCGUCCGCGUGUCCACAGGCUCCUCGCUGUGCGCGGGCUCCAACAACCAAGUGCAGCUGUCGCUGGUGGGCCAGCACGGGGAGGCGGAGCUCAAGAGGAGACUGCGGCCGGCGCGGGGCCUGGAAGAGGCGUUCGAGGAGGACGUGCAGGAGUACCUGGGGCCGCUGCUCUUCGUGAAGCUGCGCAAGUGGCACUUCCUUCAGGACGACGCCUGGUUCUGCAACUGGGUGUCGGUGCAGGGCCCCGGGGCCGGCGGGCCCGAGUUCAAGUUCCCGUGCUACCGCUGGGUGGAGGGCACCGACGUGCUGGCCCUCGCCGAGGGCACCGGCCGCACGGUGGUAGACGACCCCCAGGGCUUGUUCAAGCAGCACCGGGAGCAGGAGCUGGCAGAGCGCAGGAAGCUGUAUCGGUCAGCCCUCCUC